GGGUCCCGGCUCGAGUUCCAACGAGAGCGCCUGCCACCGGCGUCCGUCACUGCGAUAUUCGGGAGGUGUUGUGUCCUGCGCCCUGAGACUCGUGACCGACGUGGCCGCCAUGUUGGCCUGCGAGCAUCGGCUGCGACCGCGGCCUUUCCUGGGAGUUCUCCCGCGAAACUGCACCAGUUACAGCCGUGACAAGGCGUGCAGCGCCAUCUUGGACGACGCCAACCCGGGAUCGCGACCCGCGUCAGCACCAGCACCGGGAAGAUGCAGAACGAUGUCCAACAGCACGCAGUGGGCCUCAGCAGCCGAAGCCAACCCGCAGCCACAGCCAGAGCCGGAGCAGCAGCAGCAACAACAACAGAAGCAGCAGCAGCAGCAGCAGGCGCCCGAAUGCCGAGGCCCCGGCGAGCCGACCGCAGCAGCGCGGACUUCACCGCCUCCGGCAACAGCCGAGUCGCCAGCGGCAGCGCCGCCCGGCGCCGACGACCUCCAACCGCCGCCGCCGACCACGCCCCCACCGGCGCCGGCAGAACCGGAAGCGGAAGUGACGACGGCGGCGGAGCCGAGGACCACCGAAGCCGAGCCGACGCGGCCCGACGCGUCGGCGAGGCUACAGCCCCCGCCGAGCGCUUCCGCGGAGUCGGGCGCCGCGCCUGCGCAGGCUGCCGCCUCCUCGAAGAAGGCGUCGCCGGCGCCCUCCGUCGCCUCGGCGGCAGCCUCAACCGCCGUCGUUCCAGACACCAGCCCAUCGUGGGCGGGACCAAGUCAUGUUGGUGUCUCGGUGUUCGAGCCGCCAGGAGGGGGGGACUCGGGCCGGGUGUGUGGGAGCCUGCAGAACAACAACAACAGUGGGUCGCCUCAUCAGGAGACCUCCGCAACGACCCCUGUGCGCGAUAAGCAGUCCAAGACGUGUUGCUUCUGCUGGUGCUGUUGCUGUAGUUGUUCUUGGAGAGGAUCGAGGCCAGUCUAUGCAAGCUUGCAGAAACCCGUCAAGCUUUCAAGCCUGGCCCUCAAAAGCAACAACGGCAAUGUUAGGUCACCACGGGACAACAACCAGAGGCUAACCACGGGUGACAGCAUCUUUAAUGGAGACGGCGAGCCAUCCCCUACGGUGGAGGAAAUUCGGACAUGGGGAGACUCAUUUGAGAAGCUCAUGAAAUGUUCAGCUGGUCGCAAGGUGUUUAGGGACUUUUUGAAGUGCGAGUACAGUGAAGAGAACAUUCUGUUCUGGCUGGCUUGCGAGGACCUCAAGAAGGAGUCGAACCCGGAGCUGAUUGAGGAGAAAGCUCGCGCCAUCUAUGAAGACUACAUUUCCAUCCUGUCCCCUAAGGAGGUGAGCCUGGACUCUCGCGUGCGGGAGAUCAUCAACCGAAACAUGGUGGAGCCCACGCCGCACACCUUCGAUGAGGCACAGCUGCAGAUCUACACCCUCAUGCACCGCGACUCGUACCCGCGGUUCGUCAACUCCCCGCUGUUCCGAAAGCUGGCCCAGUUGCCUUCCCCGUCGCGCAAGGGCAGUGCUGCCUGAAGCCACGCCCGUCAUCCGCCGCUGCCACACGCCCCUCUCUUCGCCGAAGCCGAAGAAGACUCGGGAAACUCUCUCGGCUCAACAAGCUCAAUGGCGCGAGGCGGUCACCACGCGUACCUGAACACAAACUGCUACUAGCUCCCCUCUCUACAGCCUUCGUCUUUGUUGUCCCGAGCUCCAUGCUGUACACUUCUUCACCUCUGUUUUGAAGAGGGCAUCAUCAUCGCUCGCCCGGACCAGAACAACAGCAGCAGCAGCAGCAGCAGCAGCAGUAGCAAGUGUGACAACUACACUACACAGCGUGCCCCGAAUGCUCGGAAGAGACCACCUGCCGCCCUCUCUUGGGUUUCGUUCUGCCAGCAAUAAGGCUUCCUCACCCACCCGACAUCACCUUCCAUUUCGUAUACCACGCUCUGCACGAGUGCUUCCGCAUAAAGCCCCACUCCCGCUGUUUCCCCCCACCUCCAUCGCUGUGGGCGCCGUUUUAUUGGCUGCCCCGGUGCAAGGCUGGUCGAGCCCCAAGUCUGGCAUAUGGCAGGCAAGCAAGCCGCGAUAGCCGGUUGACAAGACAUGCAAUGGACGUACCAGCCCCGCCGCCCCUCCCGAACCACAACAGAGGCUGCCAUCUUCCAAGAGUCAGUGGCGCUGGCGCGCUCGUGCUGUUUCCACAAGUGCAUAUCAUUUGCCGACGUGUCGGCAACGAUGGAACACAAGGGGACCGUGCUCGAGUGUAGUAGUGUAGCCUCUGGCAGAACUGGAGACCUGCCUGUUUCGUAUGUUUUUUUUUUCCUUUUCUUGUUUCCUCUCCUCGACUGCAUCAGGAAUGCUGGGCAGGACAGUUGGACACUGGGGAGAGAGAGCGCCACGGUGUUUAAUUCAGCUGCGCACAGUUUUAUGUGUGCCAGCGUCUGGCAGGCCCGGCUUUCAGACAGACGCUUGUGCCCGCACCUUGACCCCCCCCCCCCUCCCUUUUUGCACUUGUACUCGCUCUCGGUGGGACACCUCUCGCCCACUUACAGUUCCUCUUGGUUUUAGUUGCGAGCUUUCCCCUACCAGGGGAGGGCAAGGUUACUGUGCAAACCCAUUCCUCCUUUGGUUCCCUUUGCGUUCCUGCACAAGGUUUUGAUGGGACAGGUUGUUGUAGUGUGGUGUCUGGUGUGUGCAGUGACGUUUUUGUGUUCGUUCGCUCGUUUUUUCUAUCGUCUUUCAUAUCGUUUGUUUGUUUUCUUUUUCUUCGAAAACCUCCGACACGUGACGGCGCCCCCUCAGGUUCAUCUUUCGGGCCGCCCGCCGCUUAUUGUUGAGUUUUCUCAGACAGAGGACUGUGCGUUUAAAUGUUCCACGCGCUUGUGUGUGUAUGCACGUGCUGCAUUGUUUUUUGCAGCACAAGAGAGACGGUGGCAUGCUCCCGCACGUGUGCCACGCUAAAACCGACCCCCCUUCCUCCCGACCCCGGCUAUUUUGUGCCCCUUCUAACGUAGGCAGACAUGCACGGCGCUUUCUGUGCGCUGGAACUCUCUGACGGGCUCUCUCUCGCACACAUCUGGGGGGUGGGGGGGGAGGUUUCAAGGUGGGACAUGUUGUAGGCCGACCUUUGUGCGUUGCUCGACGAUUUGCGGUAGAAAGACUCGACAGGGCUCAGUGAACCCAGGCUCAGCUCCCAUCCACCCCUUCCCAGUUAUCCCGCAACCCAACCCACCUUGAAGCGUUUCGAACAUGGUACAACCCCCCCCCCCUCCCCCCAAACUUUGCUCAGGCUUUCCAUUUCCCACCUUCCUUCACCCAAAACGACCAAUUUAUAAUGCGGAUUCAUUGACCUGCAAGUUGUGUGGCUCUCAGGCUCUCUGUCUUUCUUUUUGUUCUUUUGUUGAUAAGCAGAAAACAAUUUGAAGCCCUCUGCAGCAGAGCGACAAAUGGGGCUAGUUGGUGAUGCUGCAUCUUAGUUGUGCGCUGCAGAUGACAGUUGUGGACCGGAACCACAACACAAUGCAAGACUGUGCCUAUUGACCAAUUUCACUUUCAGAAGUGAAAGUUAGUUCAAGUCAAAGGAACUGGCAGACUUCCUGCUCUGUGUGCACUCUCUGCCAAUAUGAACGGGAAUACUUCAUGCGAGUUAAAAUAGCCAUUCUUGCAAAUGUGCGAGUCAGAACCUUACUCACUGCUGUUUCUUAUGUUGUUCUCCUGUUGAAGUAUCCCACUCAUGGAACAUUUUCCUCAUUACAAUCGCACACAAGGAAAAUUAUUGGUUUUGAACCCAAGUCCAGCUGUGUUCCCUUUCAUAUUUGCGGAGAGUGAACAUGUGCACUGGCAAACUUUUACUGGCACAAUUAACAACCAGCUUUUCACAAGUGUUUAAGUGAGAAUCACAAGGACAGACAGAAAGGACACACAAAAGUACUGCCUUCAACAAAUGUUCCAUUGGAAAUGAGAAUGGUGUAUAUAUAUAUGCACAAACAGCACACAUAGGUACAUACAUACAUACCAAUAAACCAUCUGUUUAAGUCAGAACUUGUGUUCUGUGCACCUCUGCAGUUUUGUGUUAUAAACCUGCGAAUCUGUCUUACCACCAAGGCUAAGCAUCUACCCUUAUCAUGUAGUGAAUAUUGGCAUGCACACACGCACACAGAAGAAGCUGACUGCUUAUUUGGUUUCGAAUUCCUUCCACCGCUGGAAGUAAAUGUACCUGGUAGUUGCACUUGUGCUGUGGUUCACAUUUGUCAUAGCGUUGAAUGCAGCGCACAACCAAGGUGCAGCCGUCGACUUCCUCUGCUUUAUCACAUGGCCACCUCAAAAUAGAAUGAGCGGUGUCCAGUUUCCCCUGCUCAUGGAAAGUCUACCGUGUACUCAAUGAACAAAGUGGUCCACUUUGUUGUCUCUUUUACGUUGCCAUUUUGCAAUGUUUAACUCAGUGCAAUAGAACUAUAUCAGUGCGUAGAUUGUUGUUCAGUCACUUCAAGAGGAAACUAUCAAAACGAGACCUUGUAUCAAUGAAAGCACAUGCCCAGACAGGGCACAGGUCUCCUUUACAUGCUGGCACUUUCAGUGAAGUCAGAUUCUGGCAUGUUGUCAAACAUGCAUAGCUUUUGAAAUUGUUUGAGGGCACGAUAACCCAUUUAAAAGAUUGUCGUGUAUCUUAAGUUACACCAGUUUUCUUUCAGAAAGCGAUAGGCAUUUGAAAAAGUUGUCGUAAGUCUCGAGUUAUCUCCCAGUUUUUUUUUUCUUUGUGCGAUUUGUUCGCCUUGCAAAAAAACUCGGCCAGCAGUUUCGAAAGACGAACUUUCAGAGUGUUAUGCUGAUCUGUCACCGGUCAUCGUACGGGGAGAAAUAAUGGCCAUGUAAACCACGAAAAAGCAAAUCCACUGACAGAAAACAAAGCCCCUGGAACAAACUUACAGCUGUCGAGUGGUUGUGAGAAUUUUUACAAGGAUUGUUCAUGACUUCUGAGCUCUGUCUUUUAUGCAGUGUCUGUACAGAAGCGGGCACAUUUUGAAACCCCCGGUUAACUCUAAAUUGUUAACAACAUGGAGGGGUUACUUCGAGCUUAGACGUUCCAAGGCUGCUUACUUGGAUGUGCCAUUGAAAGCUUUCCAAAUCCGCUACUGCUGUCUUUUUUUUUUACUAGAAAGUAACCUCAUUGCGUGAAUUUCACCCGCACUGUGCAAAUGCCUGGCCUAAAGGAUAAGUAUCUCACAGGAGGCCUGUGUGAGAACUGAUGAAUUAACAUUUACUAAAUGUGGUGUCACACCACGAUUCAGUCUUGUAUUUUAACUUUGAACAGCUAGACAUUUGCAUUUGCAGCACAAGUUCAGCUCUAUAUCUGCUUACCUUGUAGCUUUGAACGAUAAUUGUAGUGAUGAUUUGGGAAAGAAUGAAAAUUCAAGGCUUAUGCUGUGCAGCUUACUGUUUUGUUCCACAGAAAUGCUUUCUUAUUUUUUUUUUGGGGGGGGGGGGGGGGGCUAACUGUGUGUAGCCCUCUGCUCAAACUUUACUUGAUGAAUUACAGUUGACUCAUAAUAAUUCAAAAUUGCAGUUAUUACACAAAUCUUUAAAUGUUACUUGGCCUCCUAUAUCUUUAGUGCACUUUGCAGCCGCUUAACCCUUCAAAGCCAAAUGUAUCAUUUUUGAUACACUGAGUUUUAUACCUCAAAAUGCUGAUUUAAGCAUGGGAAACUUAAUGCAGAGGCAGUAGUAGCUUUCCUGAAAUGCUUAAGUGAAGUUUCAGCUUUCCAUAGCUCAGCAAACCAAUUACUAAAGUGUUAAUUACUAUACUCACGAGUUCCAAACUUAAGUAAAACGUGUCGAAUGGUGUUUGGUGGGGUUAAUUCAAACCUUGAGGCAUCCCUAAGCAGAGUAGUAUGGCCAAAAUUGGCCAACAAGAGGACAUUCAAAGGUGUGAAUAGUAAAAACAAUGCACCUAUGUUUGAUAUUCAAGCCUUAGUGUAGGUUCACAGAUGUCACUAUGAGAUGACGCCAAAGACAUAUGUUCAUUUGUGCCCCAUAACAAUCUGAAUUUGCAUUUGCAGGAGCUUUCUUAAUUAAUCUUCGUGCUCCUUUCUCACAAAGUGUCUAUUGACUUUGCGUCCAAAUUAAUUUCGUUUGGAUAUCUGCAGGAUGGCACAUAAAAUUAUUUUAUGCAUACAUCUGUUUGUAAAAGCACAAUUAGUUGGGUUUUGUACCAUAUUUCAUUCAAUUUCAAACAAUUCAAAGAACGAUCUGUGAACCCUGGAAGUUCGAAUUGAUGCAAGUCAAUCGUAAGUUCUUCACGCGAGUACUUUCAUGCAUUUCACACAUAUGACAGCUCUUGCACAACUGCCGGCAGGCCUGGCUUCCUCUUCCAGAAGAACACCCAUUCCUCUCGAUGUGAAUGUUACAUAACCGCCAUUUCCUUGACUUCCUGGUGAGCCAGUAUUGUCCUUCUGUAAACUAUAUUCUUGUUUUUAUUUGUUGGUUAGCAAGGUGCUAGUUAUACAAGAUUUUUCUUUCUCUUACGAAGCAAUGCAGGUACUAUCUCGAGAGGCUUCUGUUGUUUUGGUCGCAAGUGUAGGAUCUUCUAGUCAAGCAAUGGAUGCCUGUUUAGCAACUGCUGAGCAAGCAUUCUUGCCCCUCAAGGUGAACUGUGACAUUCCUCUGACUUCCCGGAAGCGAAACGAGAUACUGUCAAAGGAAUCACAUGCAAAGACAUGAAGGCUUUAGUUUGUUCACAAGGCACUUCACAACCUCCCCCCACGAUAACAAACAUGAGGAAGUGAUGUGUAUAUGUUUGUUUGUUUUGUUUGUCACAUUUGCACAUUGGCCUUUACUUAAAACUGUGUUCUUGAGUGUGGCUUGUACAAUUUUGAAGCCGGACUUCACACCGAUGAAUGUAUUCCAGCGCUGAUGGUAUGCACAGAUGUCGUAGGUUAAUUUGUUCCUUUGUUUUGUUUCUCUCUCUUUCUCUGGCCAUCACAUUUGCGGUCAUCAUCUGAACCAAACUGUAAACCCGGCCGUCGCUGUUUUUGCGAGGUUUCUCAUUUCGUUUCAUCACUGUUACGAUGCACAAUGCCAAAUGCCGUGCCGCCAUCACUGCGGUUGGUGUAGAAGCGGCAUCGGUUAUUGUGUUAUGACCAUGCACAGUACGACCAGGAUUUGGGCUUUUUUGUAUCAUGCUUGUGAAUGUCUCUC